AUGGCAAGGGUAGCGUCCAGGACGUCAGCCACGGCGUCUCAGUCAGUCACUGAAUUCCAAGACAAAGUCUACGCGCUGCUACUGCAGAUUCCGAAAGGUCGCGUAACUACGUACGGCGCCAUCGCUCGUGCUCUCCAUACCUCGCCUCGGGCUGUGGGCAACGCUUUGCGCAAUAACCCAUUUGCGCCCGAGGUGCCCUGCCAUAGAUGCGUCGGGAGCACCGGGUUUAUAACGGGAUUUGACGGCGAGAGCAUCGAUAAGAAGAGUUUUAAGCGAUCAAACGACGGACUUGUUCAAGGAGCCGCACACCAGAGCAGACCUCGAGGACCCAAGAUAUCACCGGCGCAGCCUGCGGGGACCAAGCUGAGCCUCAAGAUACAAAUCUUGCAUGACGAGGGCGUCCUGAUUGACAACAAGGGCAUGGUUAUGAAUCGCAAAAAGGUGCUGUGGGAUGGACCCUGGGACGUGAACGCGCCGAAAUACUCCAACUGA